AUGCCUCGCUACGAUGACCGUUACGAUCGCUACGAUGACCGUUAUGAUCGUUACGACGACCGUUAUGAUCGCUAUAAUGACCGUUAUGAUCGGUAUGACCGAUAUGGUGGCAACACCAAGUUGUACGUGGGCCAUCUUUCUACGCACACCCGGACCAAGGAUGUUGAGUACCUUUUCGGCAGAUAUGGGAGAAUACGAUGUGUGGAGCUGAAGUAUGAUUAUGGCUUCGUUGAGUUUAGCGAUCCCCGGGAUGCAGAUGAUGCAAGGUAUGAGCUUGAUGGCCAAGAGAUUGAUGGGAGCCGUAUCAUUGUUGAGUUUGCAAGAGGGAAGGAAGUCAAGGCCCUUAUGGAAGGAGACUGGAUGAUGAACCUUGUUAAGAUUCGUGGCAGUAAAAAAUGUGCUACCCACGGAGGUUCCCGCGAGUACUUGGGCAGAGGACCCCCUCCUGGUUCUGGCCGCUGCUUUAACUGUGGGAUUGAUGGGCACUGGGCUCGUGACUGCAAUGCUGGCGACUGGAAAAAUAAGUGCUAUCGCUGUGGAGAAAAGGGCCAUAUAGAAAAAAACUGCCAAAACAGUCCUAAGAAUCUCAAGCGGGGAAGAAGCUACUCACGCUCCCCACCACCUCAUCGCGAAAGGAGCCUAAGCAGGAGUUACAGCCGAUCGCCUUAUCCAAGGAGGGAUGAUCGUGCUGUUGGCCACGAGGAAAGGCGACCAAGAAGCUCUAGUUACAGCCCUAGGAGGAGUGCUUCACCUUCCGGUUUGAACCGCAGCCCAGCACCAAAUGGCAAGAGCCACCCACCAAGGGAGCAAGCUGAAGUCAAUGGUUCACAUAACGGUGUGAGAGGCAACAGCCUGAGUCCUGCCCGCGAUAGCCGCCCCUGGGAGUGA